CUUCGCGGUGGCGCAGGAGAUACCGGUCCAGUACACUCUGGGAGCGGCAGCGGCCGCCGAGUGACGCCCGGCCGGGAAACCAGGGCGCGCGCCGCAGUUCUUGCCACCGCCGCCGUCCGUUCCCACCGCGCCCCUCGGGGCCCCGGAUUAUCGCCUCACCGGUGGGAUUUCCAGACCGCCGCUCUCUAAUAGGCCUCCGAAGGAAGCCACUGCAAGCUCUCUUGGGAAUUAAGCUGAACAUCUGGACUCUCUUUCCUCCGUGUCUUCUCUCCUUUUUCCUCUUUCCCUCCGCGAAGAAGCUUAAGGCAAAACCAGAAAGCAGGCGACCCUCACCUACCCGUGGACUGAAAGCCCGAAGAGGAAACCGAAAGUUGCCCUUUUCAGUGCCUCGCAGAGCUCUGUCAGGGACGUAUCCGAAGCGCCGCACCCUCUUUAAGCAACUGGCCCUGAUUAUCACACCUGGAGCCGAGAGACGCCUCUCCGCCGGUGCUCCUCGGGUCACCAUAGACUUUCCUGGCAUUCCUGGGUCUUUGAAGAAGAGAGAACAGAGGAUACUCUAGGAGAGCAAGGGUGUCCAGCGGUACCAUGGGCCGUCGGAGCGCGCUAGCCCUUGCCGUGGUCUCGGCCCUGCUGUGCCAGGUCUGGAGCUCUGGCGUAUUUGAGCUGAAGCUGCAGGAGUUCGUCAACAAGAAGGAUCUGCUGGGGAACCGCAACUGCUGCCGCGGGGGCUCAGGCCCGCCGUGCGCCUGCAGGACCUUCUUCCGCGUAUGCCUCAAGCACUAUCAGGCCAGCGUGUCCCCGGAGCCACCCUGCACCUACGGCAGCGCAGUCACGCCAGUGCUGGGUGUUGACUCCUUCAGCCUGCCUGACGGCGCAGGCAUUGACCCUGCCUUCAGCAACCCCAUCCGUUUCCCCUUCGGCUUCACCUGGCCAGGUACCUUCUCUCUGAUCAUUGAAGCCCUCCACACAGAUUCUCCUGAUGACCUCGCAACAGAAAACCCAGAAAGGCUCAUCAGCCGCCUGACCACGCAGAGGCACCUGACUGUGGGAGAGGAGUGGUCUCAGGACCUUCACAGUAGCGGACAUACAGACCUCCGGUACUCUUACCGUUUUGUGUGUGACGAACACUACUACGGAGAAGGCUGCUCUGUGUUCUGCCGACCCAGGGAUGACGCCUUUGGCCACUUCACCUGCGGGGAGAGAGGGGAGAAGGUGUGCGACCCUGGCUGGAAAGGCCAGUACUGCACUGAACCAAUCUGUCUGCCGGGGUGUGAUGACCAACAUGGAUUCUGUGACAAGCCAGGGGAAUGCAAGUGCAGAGUCGGCUGGCAGGGCCGCUACUGCGAUGAGUGCAUCCGAUACCCAGGCUGUCUCCAUGGUACCUGUCAGCAGCCCUGGCAGUGUAACUGCCAGGAAGGCUGGGGGGGCCUCUUCUGCAACCAGGAUCUGAACUACUGCACUCACCACAAGCCAUGCAGGAAUGGGGCCACUUGCACCAACACGGGCCAGGGGAGCUACACGUGUUCCUGUCGGCCUGGGUACACGGGUGCCAACUGUGAGCUGGAGGUAGAUGAGUGUGCUCCAAGCCCCUGCAGGAACGGAGGUAGCUGUACGGACCUUGAGGACAGCUACUCUUGCACCUGCCCUCCUGGUUUCUACGGCAAGAUCUGUGAGCUGAGUGCCAUGACUUGUGCUGAUGGUCCCUGCUUCAAUGGGGGCCGGUGUUCAGACAACCCUGACGGAGGCUACACCUGUCAUUGCCCUUCAGGCUUCUCUGGCUUCAACUGUGAGAAGAAGAUGGAUCUCUGCAGCUCUUCCCCUUGUUCUAAUGGUGCCAAGUGUGUGGACCUCGUCAAUACCUACCUGUGCCGGUGCCAGGCUGGCUUCUCUGGAAGGUACUGUGAGGACAACGUGGAUGACUGCGCCUCCUCCCCAUGUGCAAAUGGGGGCACCUGCCGGGAUGGUGUCAAUGACUUCUCCUGUACCUGCCCACCUGGUUACACCGGCAGGAACUGUAGUGCCCCCGUCAGCAGGUGUGAGCAUGCACCCUGCCACAACGGAGGCACCUGCCACCAGAGGGGCCAACGCUACCUGUGUGAGUGUGCCCAGGGCUAUGGUGGCCCCAACUGCCAGUUCCUGCUCCCUGAGCCACCACAGGGCCCCAUGGUGGUGGACCUCAUUGACAGGCACAUGGAGAGCCAGGGCGGGCCCUUCCCCUGGGUGGCCGUGUGUGCCGGGGUGGUGCUUGUCCUCAUGUUGCUGCUGGGCUGUGCCGCGGUGGUGGUGUGCGUCCGGCUGAAGCUUCAGAAGCACCAGGCCCCACCCGAUCCUUGUGGGGGAGAGACAGAGACCAUGAACAACCUGGCCAAUUGCCAGCGGGAGAAGGAUGUUUCCGUCAGCAUCAUUGGGGCUACACAGAUCAAGAACACCAACAAGAAGGCGGACUUUCAUGGGGACCAUGGAGCUGACAAGAGCAGCUUUAAGGCCCGUUACCCUGCUGUGGACUAUAACCUCGUGCGAGACCUCAAGGGAGAUGAAGCCACCAUCAGGGAUGCACACAGCAAACGUGACACCAAGUGCCAGUCACAGGGCUCUGCAGGAGAAGAGAAGAGCACCUCAACACUCAGGGGUGGAGAGGUCCCUGACAGAAAAAGGCCCGAGUCUGUGUACUCUACUUCAAAGGACACCAAGUACCAGUCGGUGUAUGUUCUCUCUGCAGAGAAGGACGAGUGUGUCAUAGCAACUGAGGUGUAAGAUGGAAGCGUAAGAUGGCAAAAUUCCCAUUUCUCUUAAAUAAAAUUCCAAGGAUAUAGCCCCCACGGAUGCUGCUGAAAGAGGAAAGGGAGACCCCAGGGACUGCUGCUGAGAAACAGGUUCAGGCGGAGCUGGUUCUCUCGGAGUUAGCAGAGGUGCCGGACACUGCCAGCCCGGGCUCCGGCUGCUGCUGCACCGCCUGCCGGAAGUUCCCAUUGCACUAUGGACAGUUGCUUUGAAGAUUAUAUAUUUAAGUGGAUGAGUGACUUGAUACAUAUAGGAAGCACGCACUGCCGACAUUGUCUAUCUUGGAUUACUAUGAGCCAGUCCUUCCUUGAACUAGAAACACAACUGCCUUUAUUGUCCUUUUUGAUACUGAAAUGUGUUUUUUUUCUAGAUGGAAAAAAACGUGUGUUAUUUUUUUGGAUUUGUAAAAAUAUUUUUCAUGAUAUCUGUAAAGCUUGAGUAUUUUGUGAUGUUCAUUUUUUAUAAUUUAAAUUUUGGUAAAUAUGUACAAAGGCACUUCGGGUCUAUGUGACUAUAUUUUUUGUAUAUAAAUGUAUUUAUGGAAUAUUGUGCAAAUGUUAUUUGAGUUUUUUACUGUUUUGUUAAUGAAGAAAUUCAUCUUAAAAAUAUUUUUCCAAAAUAAAUAUAAUGAACUACAA